AAACAACCGAACCGCUGCCCUGGGAUAGGUGGAAAGCUCGGGCGCCCGUAUACGUUUCCAGUGGGGGUGUGGCCCGGCAGGGGUUUAGCGAUACUGCGCGGCCGGACGCCGGCGCCAUGGAGGAGUAUGCUCGGGAACCUUGCCCAUGGCGAAUUGUGGAUGAUUGCGGUGGAGCCUUCACUAUGGGUGUUAUCGGCGGUGGAGUCUUCCAGGCCAUUAAGGGCUUCCGCAAUGCCCCUGUCGGAAUUCGGCACCGAUUGAGAGGCAGUGUCAAUGCUGUAAGGAUCAGAGCCCCCCAGAUUGGAGGUAGCUUCGCUGUGUGGGGGGGCCUGUUUUCCACCAUCGACUGUGGUCUGGUGCGGCUUCGGGGCAAGGAAGAUCCCUGGAACUCCAUCACCAGUGGCGCACUGACUGGGGCUGUGCUGGCUGCCCGCAGUGGCCCAUUGGCCAUGGUGGGCUCGGCAAUGAUGGGGGGCAUCCUGUUGGCCCUCAUCGAGGGUGUUGGCAUCCUUCUCACUCGCUAUACUGCCCAGCAGUUCCGCAAUGCACCCCCGUUCCUGGAGGACCCUGGCCAGCUGCCCCCUAAGGAGGGUACCCCGGGCCCAGGCUACCCCAGCUAUCAGCAGUACCACUGAGGAAGUGACCACCUAUCACCGCCACUGUGGGAGCUCCUCCUCGGUCCCCUCCCCGAUGAUCUACCUCGAAGGGAGGGCUGGCUCCCAGUUGGCCUAUGGGACCCUUGAGAGGGCCUCUAUCUGUUCUCUUAUCCCAGGUUGGGGGUGGGGCACCCCAGCUGCCCUGAUGGAUGGGUCCCUUUUCUCUCAGGGCACCCCAACCCCCACUCACAUAUGUAACACGCUGUCACCCCAAUCCCUUUGCAUGGCACUCUGAUGAGUAUUUAAAGCCAGUUUUGAAAAUG